CUCUCUCUCUCUCUCUCUCUCUCUCUCUUUCUCUCUGAAAAUCGCUCCAAAAUCCCAAGCCUUCUCCGUCCCAGAAACCCUAUCUACUCUCUCUCUCUCUGUCUCUCGAAUCCUCAUUCACGCCCUUUCAGGAUUCAAAACCUCAGAUCUCCUCUGAGCUAACAAGAAAGUGGCCCACAUGAUCAAUUUUCUGGCUCUCAGAUUCUGAAAAACUACUGAGCACACUAGUGCGUUUUGCCAACAGGCUACUGAAAAGCCGUUGCUUGCCGGCUGAAAAGCUUAAGACUAUAAAUUCAUCUUUGGAAUGUUCAUGAAAAUGACGGUUAGAACUCCAACAACGCCAUUGUCGAAAGUCAAUAGGACCCCUUCGUCUACUCCCAGAGUACUAAAAGUUCAUGAGGAGAAGAUAUUUGUCACAGUCCGAGUAAGACCACUGAGUCAAAAAGAACAAGAAAGGAACGAUCAAGUCGCUUGGGAAUGCAGCGACGAUCAAACAAUCCUAUUUAUGAGCUCAGCUGGCCAGCGCUCAAAGACGACUUAUACUUUUGACAAAGUAUUUGACCAAACGUGCUUAACCGAGAAGGUUUAUGAGGAAGGAGCCAAGGAUGUCGCGUUAUCUGCACUCACUGGCAUUAAUGCGACUAUAUUUGCAUAUGGGCAGACGAACAGUGGCAAGACAUAUACAAUGCAAGGCAUCACUGAAUGUGCUGUAAAUGACAUCUACAAGCACAUUUUAAAUACUCCAGAGAGGGACUUUGUCGUAAAGAUUUCUGCACUGGAGAUCUACAAUGAGAAUGUCAUGGACAUGCUCAAUCCAGAAAAUCCCUCCCCUCGUUUGCUAGAUGAUCCUGAGAAAGGGACCAUCGUUGAUAAAUUAGUUGAAGAAAUAGUGAAGGAUAGCCAACAUCUGAGACACUUGAUUGGCGUAUGUGAAGCACAAAGGCAGGUGGGUGAAACUGCACUAAAUCAUGUGAGCUCAAGGUCUCAUCAAAUAAUCCGGCUGACCAUAGAGAGUAGUGUCCGGGAAAUUUCAGGCCGCGUGGAAUCUUUUGUUGCAAGUUUGAAUUUUGUUGAUCUUGCGGGAAGUGAGCGUGCCUCCAUAACACAUGCGGCUGGUAUGAGAUUGAAGGAAGGGUGUCAUAUUAAUCGCAGCCUUCUAACACUCACAACAGUAAUAAGAAAGCUGAGCAGUGGAAAAAGAAAUUGUCACAUACCAUACCGGGAGUCAAAGCUUACCCGCAUAUUGCAGCCUUCACUAGGGGGAAAUGCCCGCACGGCGAUCAUAUGCACCAUGAGUCCGGCGUUAAGUCACGCUGACCAAUCUCGCAACACGCUUUUGUUUGCAACUCGGGCAAAGGAAGUCACCAACAGUGCCCAAGUAAACAUGGUUGUUUCGGACAAACAAUUAGUGAAGCAUUUGCAGAAGGAAGUGGCCCGACUUGAAGCAGUGUUGCGGACUCCUGACUCGUCCUCAUCUUCAUGUUCAGAAGUCCAAUUGAGGGAAAAGGAGUUACAAAUACGAAAGAUGGGGAUGGAAAUGGAAGAGAUGAAGCGUCAAAGAGAUUAUGCACAAACCCAGCUGUAUGAAUUGCAAAGAAAAGUGCAACAAGAGCAGCAGGGAUCAGACCGAUUGAAGUCACCUCAGAGAAUAGUGAAGUGUCUUUCAUUUUCUGAAAAGAAUAGGCUGCUUUGGGGAAAUGCAAGCACAAUAAACAGUGGAAGAGACAUGGAAGGAGGGCCAAUGGUGGCAAGUCAAUCAGCUAUAGAUCCUGUUGUGCUCAUGCAUGAAAUACGAAGACAUGAGCAGCUACAGAAGCAGCUCGGAGAAGAGGUGAACCGAGCAUUAGAGGUGCUUCAUAAGGAGGUUGCUUGUCACCACUUGGGGAACCAAGAUGCAUUUGAAACCAUUUCGAAGCUCCUGUCAGAGAUAAAGGAUAUGCGGGCCAUUAAUCCCGCGGUGGAGGAGAUUGAGGUCAAUGGCAUGGCUUCUAAUCCCGACCUCAAAGAGGAGAUCACGCGAUUGAAUUCUCAUGGAAAUAUGAUCGCCACCUUAGAAGAGCAGCUCGAAAAUGUUCAAAAGUCUAUAGAUAGAUUGGUAUUGUCUCUUCCGAAUAAUAACAAGGUGACCCCAAAAUCUAGAACUCGGACAAGGAUCAAGAAAAUGCUCCCAUUGGCCUUGAGCAGCAGCAUCAACAGACAACAUGUAAUAAGAUCUCCAUGCUCGCCUAUCUCCUCUUCUCAAAAUGUAAUUGAGCUCGAGCUUGAGAACAAGGCCCCAGUGAAUGAUGAUGUUGAAAUAUGUGGUGCAUUGCUAGAGUCCAGUAAAGCAACUCCAACAAAGAGCGAUAGUGAUGGUAUGUCCUCAAGGGAGGGCACAUCAGGCCGUUGUCGAUCGAGUUCAGUCAAUGUCAGGAAAAUGAAGAAAAUGUUUGAAACUGCAGCUGACGAGAACAUAAGGAGCAUAAAGGCGUAUGUCACUGAUUUAAAAGAGCGUGUUGCCAAGCUACACUACCAAAAGCAGAUCCUUGUUCGCAAGGUAUUGGAGCUAGAGACAAAUGAUGAUGCAGCAUAUGAAGAUGAACUACCAGAUGACUCUCUUGCAUCAUGGUACACGAUGUUUGAGGACCAAAGAAAGCAGAUAGUUAUGUUAUGGCAUCUGUGCCAUGUUUCUAUCAUACGUCGGACGCAGUUUUACUUGCUCUUCAGAGGGGACCCUGCCGAUCGGAUAUACAUGGAAGUAGAGAUUCGAAGGCUGACGUGGUUAGAACAGCACUUGGAUGAGCUGGGAAAUGCAAGCCCGGCCCUCUUAGGAGAUGAACCUGCAUUCUCUGUUUCCUCAAGUAUUAGAGCUCUGAAGCAGGAAAGAGAAUCCCUUGCUAAGAGGAUGAAUUCACAGCUUACAGCAGAGGAACGGGAAAUGUUAUAUAGGAAAUGGGAAGUCCCACAGGGUGGGAGGCAGAGGCGCCUACUGCUGGUGAACAAGCUAUGGACAGACCCUCAUAACAUGCAGCAUAUACAAGAAAGUGCUGAGAUUGUGGCGAAGCUGAUCGGGUUCCGUGAUUUUGACAGUCACAUUCCAAAGGAAAUGUUCGAGCUUCACUUCAAUCCUCCCAUGGAUAAAAGAUCAUGGUUCUUUGGCUGGAAUGCCAUCACUGACUUCCUACGUUUGUAAGAAGACCUUGAUGAGUUGUUCUGUCUUGUGCAUUUGGAAGCAGAGGUUUUCUGUCAUGGCAGCCAUUUAUUGCAAUCUAUGGCUUGCCACAACAUGCACACCACAUGUAGUCAUGCGGGCUGGGCAUGUGAUAUGCUGAUGAAGUGUUUCUGACUCGUCUCCAUGGCUUCGAAUGGAGGUUUGAUUCUUUGUAUGUUCAGUGGGAUUUGGGGUUUCUUUCAUGGAGUAGGCCAUGCAUGCAUGGUUUAAAAAUCAUUUUCAGUGAUCGUGUCUCGUUCACCAAUGAUGCUUGGUCUUAUCGCCCCAUCUUGUGCUGUAUCGGACUGUUUUGGGUCGAUAUGGGCCCAUACAGCCAUAUCGUUCAUGGACAAUACUGGUACAUGUCAAGCGGUGCAUACCAGUUUUGGGCGAUAUUUUAAACCUUGCAUGCAUGUGUAUGUGCUAUCUUUGGGCACAAGAACAUUGGAGAAACUGGUUAGAACUGUAACUAGCCUGGCACAGGAAUCAUCUCUUUCCAACUCAUAGGUAGAUGUGCCCAAAUGACGAAAAGACGAGUUCAUGUAUAUCUUGAUUAUAUGAAUGGGUGUAAUCCACCCCCCCGCGGGCAGUAUCAUUUUCAAUUAACAUUCUCCAGCAAUUCAAUUUAUUCUUUUGCUGUUCUUGAUU